AAAAAAUUCCGCUGUGCGCUCUGACUGACUCAAAACUGGAGUCAAAUAUCUUGACAACGAGUUUAUCUAAAGAAAACCCCCUUUCUAAAUAAACAUUAAAACUAUCAGGUUAUUACAAGUAAUGUUCAGUAGACAAUUACGUUCCAACUUAGUCAAAUCAAUUAAGAUGUCAAGAUCCAGUUCAACCAUUACUCCAGUUCAAACUGCAAAUGCUCCACCACCAGCUGCUUCAUAUUCACAAGCAAUUAAAGUCAAUGGUUUCAUUUAUGUAUCUGGUCAAAUUCCAUAUACUCCACAAAACAAACCAUUACCAGGUAAUCCAACUAUUCAAGAACAAGCUGAACAAGUGAUUCAAAAUGUUUCUAAUAUUUUAGAUGCUUCCAAUUCUUCCUUAAAACAUGUUGUUAAAGCCAAUAUCUUUUUAACUGAUAUGAAGAAUCAAUUUGCUGAAUUCAAUUCAGUUUAUGGUAAAUAUUUCAAUGAACAUAAACCAGCUAGAUCCUGUGUUGCUGUUAAAGAAUUGCCAUUAGGUGUUGCUUUAGAAAUGGAAGUUGUUGCCAUUGAAAAGGGUGAAACCAAAUUAUAAGUUAGACAAUGACUCUUCUAAAGCUGAUAUGAUAGAUAGAUAGAGGUAAUUUAUACUUUGAUCUACUGGAAUAACACUUCCAGGUGAAUUCGAUUCCAGUUUAUAAUUCGUUUGUUAUCAUCAUCUAUUCUCUCAUAAAUAUAUACAUACACAUUCUUAACCACAUUAAGUCAUAUCAUUGUAGAUAUAUGUUAUCCAACUGUUUAUAUAGUGUAACAGAUUCAGAUUCAGAUUCAAUCACGUGUAUCACCGAUUCAAAGUCAUUAGGGCUUCGACCCUCGUGCACUAUUCAUUCACGUGAUUAAUAUACAGUCCCUUCACGCAUUAAAUAAAAAUUUUCUCACAGUUAACAGAAACAGUGAGAGUUCCCAUACAAACUGGUUUAGUUACAGUGCGAGAUAGUCUGAAGGAAAAAUUUGAAAAUUAAACACCAUUAAAAU